GUUCAGGCGAAGCCUUCUCACUCAAUUUAACCCUACAAUCAAAUAUUCUAAUUAUAAUUACGUUUGUCUCGCGAUCACCAUGAGGAAAGCAGAAAGAACGUCUUAUUCUAACCCCAUAGGCUGCUUCCUCUCGCGUCAAAUUGACGACAAAGUGAACUAUUGCAAACGUCUAGUCGACGAAAGACUUGACAAAUCGAAAAACCUGUUCAGGAAGGAUUUGCUAUCUCAUUAUGGUUGUGUUAAUGCCAUUGAGUUCCUCAAAGAUGGAGAUUUAAUUGUUUCUGGUGGUGAUGACAGGCGAGUGCUCGUAUGGAAGGUCCAGCAAGCCCUCGAGGGGGUUGGACAACCCAUGGCCAUGCGGGGACAGCAUGGCAGCAAUAUCUUUUGUCUCGGAUAUAACAGUAGCAACUCCAAAAUAUUCUCAGCUGGAAACGAUGAUCAGGUUAUUGUCCAUGACCUGGUGACUGGUAAUCCUGUGGAUGUUUUUUUACAUGACAAACCAGUGUAUGGACUGAGCAUUCAUCCGUCCAAUGAUGACGUUUUCUCGAGUGCUUGUGACGAUGGAAGAGUUCUGAUUUAUGAUGUCAGGGUACCUGGUGGACAUGAAUGCUUGUGCUUGGCUCAAUACAAGACGCCUUUUCAUUCGGUCAUGUUCAAUCCUGUGGAGCCAAGGAAACUGGCCACUGCGAAUGCUGAAGAGGGGGUCAGCCUGUGGGACGUUAGGAAACCUCUGGAGCCUGUUUUGCGCUACGGAUUCGAUGGACCAACUCAAAGUUGCAUGAAUGUUAGGUUCAACUCGGCUGGAACGAGAUUGCUGGCAUUGAAACGUAGAUUACCCCCUGUUUUAUAUGGGGUUGAUUCACCCACUGUUCUGUGUCAUUUUGAUCAGCCUGGAUACUACAACAGCUGCACCAUGAAGUCCUGUUGUUUCGCUGGGCGAGACGAGUCUUACGUUCUGUCAGGCUCUGACGACUUCAAUCUCUACGUGUGGAAAAUACCAAAGGACGAUGUGACCUGGGUGAAGUAUGCUCACAUGGUAUUACGUGGGCACCGAUCGAUAGUCAAUCACGUUCGAUAUAAUCCCAGGCACUGUAUUCUCGCGUCUUCUGGGGUUGAGAAAAUCAUUAAAGUGUGGAGUCCAUUCUCACUUGGGAAGGGAUCCAUGGGCGGACUCAAGCAAUCCGCUGGGAGACUUGAGAAACAACGACGUGUUUUUACUCAUGAAGAGUAUCUCCGCUUGGUCCUCCAAAGUGGUCAGAUAAUGACCCACGAUUACAGCCACCAGUCGACAAAAGAGGACCCCAGAAUGAUGGCCUUCUUCGAUUCCCUAGUUCAGCGCGAGAUUGAGGGUUGGGCGGCUGAGGAUAACCCCCUGAAUCGCACAAGUGACUCUGAAAACACUCCCUCUAAUGAACGACAACAUAAUGGAACCGAUUCUGAUGACUCAACAGCCUCAGACACCAAUUUAAUGCGAAGUGUCAUGGGUACAAAGACUUGCUCAAGAAACCCAUCCAGAGGUGGAGUGGCCCCAGAGCGCCCCUUCGAUCCCCCAAACCGCAUAACGAAAUUAAUUCGGAGCUGUCGAGCUAAACUUCUACGCUUGGCAGCCCUGGAGAACGAGGCAAUAGCCAGCAGAAUCCAAAAACCCUCCAACAAAUCCAAGGAUAACUCAGGAUCUAUUAGUGACACAGAUGAGAGCUCUCCACCUCCAAAACCCACCCUAAAACUUCAGCUGAAAGGGGUAAAACGAAAGCAGACUAGAAUAUCGGACUGCAGGAGUAAAAUAAGAAAGAAAUGCUCAACCCUGACAAAUCAAAGCGACUCUGACAGCGAUUUAGAUAGCCUCACAGGUCCAAAUCGGCGGAAAAAUGAUGGAGAUGAAAUUGUCGACACGACCCAACCCAGCACUAGCACUGGAGUCAGCUCCAAAGGCACCAGGUGGUCCCGUAAAUUGACUGAGGAUAAUGAUUCUGGCCCCUCCAACAUCAGCAGCGACGAGGGAAUUCCAGUGAAGGAGCGGACCAGCGCUGAUGGCUCUGGAUCCAAUAAACGUCCUGGCAGAUGCAAAAACCCAGGUGAGGAGCAUGAAAAUCUCGUCAAUGGUGGUAGCAACGAUGUGACACCACUGAAAAGGGUCAGGAAGGUACCUCCAACACCUGAUAGUGGCAUUCAAUCUGGACUUUCAACUUUGGAGAGGUCCACGUGCAAUGGCAAUGGAGAAAGCUCCGAUGACAGGAGUCUUCGGAGUAUAGAGAGGUUCAGAAAAAGAGUCGACUUGACCCGGAGGGGGUACAGGAAGAGGGCCAGGCAGGAGGAGAGUGCCAGUGAUUCUUCUGAAUAAGAAGGUCAUAAUGAUUGAUUAUUUACUCAAUUUUUGUUUAUCGAACAUUAUCAGAUUGAAGUGAAAUUGAAACUCUGGAAGAAGUAAUUGGUGAUGCUUUUCAUUCAAAUGUUUUUUUUCAUUUGAAUGAAAAAUAUGGAAGAGGGGACAGGGACGGGUCUCGCCCUGCCCUUCUUUGAGGAUAUUUCCGAUAGAAAGCGAUUUUGAGAUAUGUCAGAGAAAACAUUUUUUGUGAAGAACUUGAAGGACUUCAAAAAAGUCUCUUUGAGUUUAUCGAUUAAACUCCUGGAUUAGGACAUAUUGCAAAAGAUGGAGAGAAAAUUUCGAGAUUUUCGAGGAGGUUUAAUAAGUACAUUGUAAAUAUCAGUAACCAUGGAUAAUUAGAUUUAUUUUAUUCGAGCGAUAAAUUACCUUACAGAUUUAUUGAAAUGUAUUUCCGAAGUGGACAGUGAAUGAAAACUAAUGGAUUCAUAAGGAAAUAUGUGACGAUUUUCUAGCUCUAUUGCUACACUGCUGACUAUUCGUUACAACUUCCAUUACCUGUUUUAUAAUUCUUUUUCUUUCAUAUAUAGUAGAGUUCACUUGCCAAUUAACGAUUAAUUAAAAAAUAAGUUGAUAUUGCUUUGUUUAAGUGAUGAUUGGCAUAAUUCAAUGGAUUUGAAGACUUUUGUUAGGUUUACCUCUUCAUUUUAUUGUGUGAAAAAAAAAGUCUGAGGGAAUUGUGAUUAGUCAACUGGAUUAAUUACCCUAGCACGAAGUAAUUAUCAUAAACUCAAUGAACAUGUGAAUCAUCUCGUGUGCAUGCCUGAGUGUUCCAUAUUUAAUUGAUUCGUGUCACUUUGGAUUGUUUAAUGGCGAUACAUGAUUUUUUUUAUUACUGCUACCCGUUGGUUAAGUGAUUAUAUAUUU